UUUUAUCCUAUUUUGGUAAUAAUUCAUCAAGUCACCCGCUGAGAACUAUUUUAUCUACUGGUACAAAUAUUUAGGAAUAAAUUGGUUGGCCAGACUUAAUGGAUUUUGUGGAUAAUUCCAUUAAAUUCACCCAACUUGUGUUAUAUUUCCCUCUCGCUAGCAGACGACAUCGUACAUGCGUCAACAGUUGCAGAACGAAACUUCUGAGCAAAACAGUGACCCUCUUCAUAAUUUUGUCAAAUUUUACGCUUUUUUCAACAACUUUACUUUUGUAAGGAUCUGAAUUCUCGAAAUCCUUAAUUUUAUCAUCAUGGCUGCGACUGUUAGUGAGCCGCUUACUCUGAAACCUGAUGUGAAUAGAGUCAUUGAGCUAUUGGAUAAGCUCCAGAAGAGUGGGGAAGUCCCUGGUACUAAACUCGCUGCUUUACAAAAGGUUCUUCAGAGUGACUUUUUCAAUGCAGUAAGAGAAGUUUAUGAACAGGUCUACGAGACAGUUGAUGUCCAAGGCUCUCAGGAUAUGAGAGCAUCUGCAACUGCCAAAGCUACAAUUGCUGCAUUUGCUGCCAGCGAGGGUCACGCCCACCCACGAGUAAUUGAACUACCAAAAACUGAAGAAGGACUCGGAUUUAAUGUAAUGGGAGGCAAAGAACAGAAAUCUCCUAUCUACAUCUCUCGUAUUAUCCCAGGUGGUGUUGCUGAUAGGCAUGGGGGAUUAAAACGUGGAGAUCAACUUCUCUCUGUAAAUGGAGUGGAUGUUGAAGGUGAAAACCAUGAAAGAGCUGUAGAACUAUUGAAACAAGCACAGGGCUCAGUCAAAUUAGUUGUGCGAUAUACUCCUAAGGUGCUAGAAGAAAUGGAGAUGAGGUUUGACAAACAAAGGGGUGCUCGUCGGCGUCAGUAUCCUUGAAGAGUGUACAAACCAUCUUCCCAAAUUGGUUUGAGUUUGAAAGCUGUUGCUGUCAUUUCUAACUCUUUCACUGAGUUGUUGUUCUUGUAAGUGUUACAUUAAGCUAGGUGUCUUGAAAAUAUUUGUAGUUUGAUGGAAGUUGGAAACAGCAAUCCAGCUAGAAAUCUUUGGUGUGUUUUAUGAUUCAGUGACAAAAUCAGAUAAUUCUGAUACUUGUGUAUUAUAUCUGAAUUACUCAUUUUUUCUCAAAGAUUCUGAAUUGAUUGGGAAACAGUAUAAAGUUUUGUUGCAGAGUUGCAGGUACCAUUUAAACUUGUCAGAUUUUAUCUUUCAGUUUUACUCAUGCUCUCAGCUUGCCAUUUAUUUAUUGUUAACUUCUUGUUUUUGCUUUGCAUCGUCUUGUUUUAGAAAUCAACUCACCAUUUUAUUAUAUUGUUUUAAGGCUGUAGAAUUUUUAUGAUUUGUAAAAUGUUUGUAAAUACCAUGACUUUGACAAUUGUGACGUAUCUUGAAGGAUCCUUCUGUAUUCAACUCAAGUUAUAGAAUAUUUUAUGAUUUUCCAUCAUGGUAAUAGUUUUGCUCCUGGCUAGGCUGUCACUAAAUUGUGCCAAAUGCAACUGUUUACAAAUUAACAUGUCUAAUGAAAUUGAGUAUUACCUAGGAGAUAAACCUCAACAAAAAGUGAAAUUGUUAGUUUGUAAUCUAUGGCCAGGAAGCCUUAUCUGUUAACCUAAUCCUAUUGAAGUAUAUUCACCAUAAUUUUGUAGUGUUGGCACAUUUUUUUCCUGUAAUCCAUUCUGUACAAUAUUACCCAUUGUUAUAUAUUGUUGUAGUUUGUGAAAACUUAAUUUUUGUUCCUUUAAUGAUAUUUUUCCUCUGUGGAAUUUUUUUCUGGAUUUUAAAGAACGUAAAUAAAAUUCUUUUUCUCUCUUUUGUAAAAUGACAAAA